UGGGCUGUUUGAGAGCUUUGAGCUCGCACGCAGAACACAUCCGCACUGCGAUGAACGUCACCUCCCUUUCGGGGAAGCGCUCAAAAUGUCCACCAAGGCCAUUUUCAUAACAAAAAGGGCACGUAAAAGCCUGGCGCGCAAAAGCCCACCAAUGCGCUCCCGGCUAGCUGGAAGCUCGCAACGUCCUUCCAGUUUGUUUUUAGCGCCAAGGGACCCGGAAACCCCGUCGCGAGACUGACAUGGGCGUCGUCCAAUGGCAGGGCACGCUAAGGCGGGCCCUCGCGCGCACGCCCAAUCGGCUAGCUCCUUGGAGCGGCAGGGCGGAAGCUGCCACCAUGGAGCCGCUAAUGCAACAGAUAGAGUGCUUCUCCGGGGUGCUGGCCGUGUCGUGUGGGUCGGUGGUGCGCUCCUGGGAUGCGACGACCGUGCGUAGGGCGCUGCAGUGGGCGCGCUAUCUGCUCCACGUGUACCGACGCUUCGCGGACCGCGGACGCGCGCGGGAGGCGUUAGAGAGGCGGCUCCGGUCGCGGGGCGGGCCGCCCGGGCUGCGCAGCUUCGCGGCGCUGGAGUUUGGGGACGCGCGCCUUGCCCUUCGCCUGCUGAGGAACCGCGCGCUCGCGCCCGCCGCCGCCCACGCGCUGCCGAGCCUGCUCUUCCCCGGGCCCGCCGCCGACAGAGAGGACGACGCGCCGCAGUCGCGCCUGGCGCUCCUGGCGCGCCGCGGGAGCGCGCUGCACCUGCUGCUCCGCCUCGGCGGGGACGCGCCCAGGGGCGCGCUGCUGCGCACGCACGCGGAGCUGCUGUGCACGCGCCUGCACGAACUGGGCGGUGCUGACCCCACGGCCCGGCGGAAGCUCCUCGAUGCGCUGUGGGCGCGUGGGCCUCGGGAGCACGUGCUAAGCGUGGUGGGCGAAGCGCUGCUGCGCGACGCAGACUCUACGGGUGCGGAUGAGACACAGGAACUGCUGCGGUGGCUUCUAGAAAGCCCCGAGGUCUUGAUCGCUUUCUGCCGCCAGCUGCCCGCCAGGCGCCUGGCCUCCUUGGCGGGCCGCCACCCAGCGCUGUCUCGCGCCUACCUGGGCCUGCUCACAACCUGGGCCACGCAGCUGCACUAUGACCUGCCCAAGGGCUCCUGGGUCCCCACGCAGCCUGAGGACAUGCCCUGGGACGAGUUGUGCCUCCGGCUGCAGAGCAUGUGCCAGGCCCCACCACCCCUGCAGGAAGACGUACUGGAGACUCUGCGCUCCAGCAAGGCGCUGGAUGGAGAUUUCGAGGUUCCCGGGAUGAGCAUCUGGACGGACCUACUGCGGGCCCUGCCUGGUGGUGCUUGACAACAUGUGGGAAGAGGUUCUUAAGUCCCAGGCCGAGCAUCUGGACACACCUGUCUCAGGGAGGCAUAGAGGGAACAACAAACAUUCUUCUUACCCACGCAUCUAUUCUAUACACAGUGUCCUGCUGCUGCUUGACUGUACACUUUACAAAAUGUCAGCAUUCUCACCAAUGCCCUGUACUAUAUCGUCCCACAACCUAAUUAUUUAGAUGCCAACUUUAAGUGCUUCGUAAUACAAAUACAAAUAUUUUUUUAAAGUGA